AAACCGUCGAUUUAAGAGUUGAUCAUUGAUCGCAAAGUGAUCCUUUGCUGGAAAUACACCAAUUCGUCCGAUAUCUUCUUCCAGUGGUGACGUGUUACAAGCGACCAGCAGCUUCCUGCUAGAAUUAAAUUUAAAACGUUUUAUUUGCCUCAACAGCAUGGUAUAACGUCAAUGUUUGUGCUACUAUUUGCUCGCCCCAUCCUCCCGCUCAGCAGCUGUUUUCGUACGGCCGUACUGGAAAAUGCAAAGUGGAUAUGCUAAUGCGACCGAAGGCUGAUAAAAAAAACGCGAAAUACAUCGUGCGUCAACGUUAGAUCGCACGAUGAAAAAGAAUAUUCCAUCCCGCGCAGGUCACAGCACCGUGUGUAACCGUGGUCGCGCGUGGUGUAUAUAGCACCUUCGGCGCACAUCCGACGUCCGAUGUGGCAUAUACGCGUGGUUCUUUUUUUCUUUUCUUCUAUUCAAAUUGCUAGACAUUUUUAUCUCUUCCUUUUCUUCCGCAAACCUUCAAAUGAUUGGGUAGAAUAUUGUGAGCAUCGUACGCAAACAAUGUUAUUUGAUUCUUGCUUGAUGGUCAGGCUGAAUUCAACGAUCGUUAAGAGGGCUUACGAUUGAGGAGGCUUUCGUGGAGCUUGUUGUUGUUGUUGAGUUUACGACAUUUGCCCUCCUACCAUGUGACAAAGUCGUUGGGAGGAACCCGUAUCACUUUUUGCCUUCAAGGUGAGAGCAUGAUAAAAAGCAACACAGAUUUACUAGCGGACUCCCACAAGGCGGAACGUAGUUCGGUUCUUUCCCUGACUCGUCAAAUAACUUCUCGCGGUGACUUCAAUCGAUAGCAAAAUCGAUCUUUUACGCUUAGUUUGAUAUUGUGAUGUCCUAAUAUCAAGUAUCAACGACCUUCCAAUUCAGAAAUAUCGAUUAUAGCUAAUCCCCUAGGUUUGCCUGUUAUCCGAUGUAUAAUUAACCUUUAUGAAACGGGGUAAGUAUCGUUCCAGUGUAAAUCUAGAUGUAAAUGUCAUAUUGUGUAGAGUCCUAACAGCUGAAAAAUGCCUUUCAGAAAAGUCUCUAAAUGGCAAUUAUCUUUUAGAAAUCUGAUGUUUGCAGGUUUGGAUGGUUUUAGACACGUGGUUUUUUUUUAAAUGUUUUGCAUAUUUUUUUGGGGUUCAUUCUUGUGAAGUAUUGGCAUCAUCCCCUUGCAAAUCAAUGCAAAUGAAAAAAAUCUAAAAACUGCAUAAUGUAUCGUAGAACAAAUAAACAAUAAAAAUAAUGGGAGAAGCAUCCGAUAAUUCUUGGGAAGCAACCUAACAAAACAUGGGCAGCCUUGUAACAAUCAAGAAGGAAAAAUACCUAUUGCAACAGUCUCCAAAGCAGCGAUCUUCUCUGGGACAAGUCUACAAGAAUAUGACUCUUACACGAUUUGAGUCCCAAAAGUACAGAAACCUACGUAAUAGGACGGCCUUAGUAAUAUUUUACAACAUUUAUAACAUACAGUAGUAUUUAUGUUUAUCAUCUGCAGAAUCAUCCUCAUCAAUAUUGUAUGAAGACAAAUUGUAGUGUGGUUUGUCACGCCAAUGGGAACCUAGGAACAGAUUGGAACUCUUUGGAACUCGUCUCAGUUAUCCGUGGGGCACAAUGGCAUACGCACCAGCAGCCAUCCAAUCGUUUCUUCAACUCAAUCUCAAACGCUCGCUGUUCAGGCUGCUAACAGUCGGUCAGGUGUUUGGGCUGGUGGCAUGGGACUUAGAACCUUUGGAACCGGACCGCCCAACAACCAAGCUGCAUUGGUUCCGGAAGCUGAUUCGUACCACCAAUCAAGGUUACUGUCUUAUGAUCAUCGUUGCAAUCGGUACGGCAACAGUUCUUCAUCAUUCCUCCAACACGGCGGACGCGUUUUUCGCUAUCCGAACGCUGUACCUGACAGAGAAUGUGAUCGUGAACGUGAUCGUUCUGCUCGCGAUGCUCGAAUGUCAGCAGAGUCGCCCAUUUUACGCCUCCAUUCUUAAGGAGCUUUUUGAGCUUGACAAGAAUUUGCACGACUGUGAUGCGUCGAUCAAUUUUCUCCAUGUAGAAGCGAUCACCGAUCGGCUGCUAGUCUGUGCCGUGCUGUACUUUUCCACCUCCUCGCUGGUGGACUGGUGGGCCGAUUAUGACCCUUCGUGCACCUUCCUGUGCCACAGCGUGCUGUACAUUCUGCCGAACGUAAUCAACGUGCUGGCGCUCUACCAGUAUGCCGCGCUGCAGCUGAUCGUUGCCGCCUGCUAUCGAUCGGUUAAUAGCGUGCUCGCCAGAUACCACGAUCAUCAAGCCCGCCCAAAAGUGCGCGAUUGUGCCGAGCUGGUCGAGACACUGCGAAGGACACACCUGAAGCUGGGCGAUCUAACCGGUCGGGUAGUGGGACGGUUUGGGCCACUCAUCGUCUGCACCGUGCUGUCCUCGUUCGUCGUACUUAACCUGGAGCUGUUUAACGUGUACAAGGCUACUGGCAGGGGCUGCAAACGGGUUUGGAGUGCGAGUGAAGGGUUCCGGCUGGUGCGCUCGCUGCUCUGGAUAGGGCUGCACGGUGCCAAGAUACUGCUCAUUCUCUACCCAGGCCACCGGGCACGGGUGGAGUGUGAACGGACCGGACCGACACUGUACGAGAUCGCGAACCGGUACGAAGCGGCCGGAAGGAGCAACAGUGCGCUGAUGAAGUUCGCUGGCCAACUGCUGCUGCUACACGGCAAACGGCACCACUGUAAGGCAUGCGGGCUGAUAACGCUUGACUUAACACUCAUUAGCAAGAUAGUAGCCGGACUUACCACGUAUUUGAUGAUUCUGAUCCAGUUUGAUUCAGCCUUUACCCAAGGUUCGCGCUGAGUGCGAGAUGCAAUCGAAAGCCAAAUAAAGCACCAUCAAUUACCGCCACUGU